CGGAUUGGAUUUUCCUUCAAAAUUAAUUUUCACAUUUGCUCACUGAACCAGAGGGCAUACUUCUUAAAAACGCUUCACAAAAAAGGAUCCCUCGUCUUCGUAAUUUCGUUUUCCCUGCUGCUGAGAGAUAGAGAAAGAGGUUCUCUACUUCCAGUUUCAUUCCAUUCAGCCGGAAAACCUUACGCAGUAGAGAUCUCGAAGGCUUGGAAGCCAUGGCUCAGCCCCUUGUGAAGAAAGACGAUGAUCGCGACGACGAAGCCGAAUACUCUCCCUUCAUGGGAAUCGAGAAGGGUGCUGUUCUUCAGGAAGCAAGGGUUUUCAAUGAUCCUCAGCUAGAUCCUAGAAGAUGCUCCCAGGUCAUCACGAAGCUCCUUUAUCUACUUAACCAAGGGGAAACAUUCACUAAGGUUGAAGCUACCGAAGUUUUCUUUGCUGUAACAAAGCUAUUUCAAUCAAAAGAUGUUGGGUUGAGAAGGAUGCUCUAUUUAAUGAUAAAGGAAUUAUCUCCUUCAGCGGACGAGGUUAUCAUUGUCACAAGUUCCCUCAUGAAGGAUAUGAAUAGCAAGACUGAUAUGUACCGGGCAAAUGCCAUUCGUGUGCUUUGUCGGAUAACAGAUGGAGUUCUGCUGACUCAGAUUGAGCGUUAUCUGAAGCAAGCUAUUGUUGACAAGAAUCCAGUUGUUGCUAGUGCUGCUCUAGUCAGUGGUAUCCAUUUGCUUCAGACAAAUCCAGAGGUAGUGAAAAGGUGGAGUAACGAGGUUCAAGAGGCAGUACAGUCAAGGGCUGCCCUUGUACAGUUUCAUGCACUGGCGUUGCUCCAUCAGAUACGGCAAAAUGAUCGACUAGCUGUUAGCAAAUUGGUUACUAGUUUGACCAGGGGAACUGUUCGUUCACCAUUGGCUCAAUGCCUUUUGAUACGUUAUACGAGUCAGGUCAUCCGCGAGUCUGCUUCUAACUCACAAGGUGGUGAUCGCCCGUUUUAUGAUUUUCUUGAAGGUUGUCUUCGCCAUAAGGCAGAGAUGGUUAUUUUUGAGGCUGCUCGAGCUAUCACAGAGCUAAGUGGUGUGACGAGUCGAGAACUGACUCCAGCAAUUACUGUUCUGCAGCUCUUUUUGAGCUCUUCCAAGCCAGUAUUGCGAUUUGCAGCUGUUCGCACCUUGAACAAGGUUGCAAUGACUCAUCCAAUGGCUGUUACUAACUGUAACAUAGAUAUGGAGAGUUUAAUUUCUGACCAGAAUAGAAGCAUUGCCACACUUGCCAUCACCACAUUGCUAAAGACAGGCAAUGAGUCAAGUGUAGAUCGUUUGAUGAAGCAGAUAACAAAUUUCAUGUCUGAUAUUGCUGAUGAGUUCAAGAUUGUGGUAGUGGAAGCCAUAAGAUCUCUGUGCUUGAAGUUUCCUCUGAAAUACAGAUCACUGAUGAACUUCUUAAGCAACAUUUUGAGGGAAGAAGGUGGAUUUGAGUAUAAGAAAGCCAUUGUAGAUUCAAUUGUGAUCCUUAUCAGAGAUAUCCCUGAUGCAAAGGAAAAUGGCUUGCUUCAUUUGUGUGAGUUUAUUGAAGACUGUGAAUUUACCUACCUUUCCACCCAGAUACUUCAUUUCCUGGGGAUUGAGGGCCCAAAGACUUCUGAUCCCAGCAAGUACAUACGUUACAUCUACAACCGUGUACAUCUUGAGAAUGCUACUGUCCGGGCCGCUGCUGUGAGCACGCUGGCAAAGUUUGGUGCUAUGGUUGAUGCCUUGAAGCCGCGUAUCUUUGUCCUGUUGAGGCGCUGUCUAUUUGAUAGUGAUGAUGAGGUUCGUGAUCGUGCAACUCUUUAUCUUAAUACACUUGGUGGCGAUGGAGAAGUUGUUGAAACUGAUAAAGGUGUGAAGGAGUUUCUCUUUGGAGCCUUGGAUAUUCCACUUGUCAACCUCGAGACAAGUUUGAGAAAUUAUGAGGCUUCAGAAGAUGCUUUUGAUAUUAACUCUGUUCCAAAAGAAGUGAAGUCUCAGCCACUUGCAGAGAAGAAAGCUCCAGGGAAGAAGCAGCCAACUGGUUUGGGUGCUCCUCCAGCUGCUCCUCCAACUACCGUUGAUGCUUAUGAAAGACUUCUUUCUUCAAUUCCAGAGCUUGCUAGUUUGGGGAAACCUUUCAAGUCCUCAGCACCUACGGAGCUUACAGAAGCAGAGACAGAAUAUGCUGUUAAUGUUGUGAAGCACAUCUAUGAUAGGCAUGUUGUGUUCCAAUACAACUGCACAAACACAAUCCCAGAGCAGCAACUGGAAGAAGUUAGUGUGGUGGUGGAUUCUUCCGAUGCAGAGGAAUUCGGUUUCGUAUUAUCAAAGCCUUUGAGGUCUCUUCCUUAUGAUUCUCCUGGUCAAACAUUUGUUGUAUUUGAGAAGCCAGAGGGAGUCCCUGCAGUGGGGAAGUUCUCUAACACCCUGAAAUUCAUUGUUAAAGAGGUUGAUCCUAAUACUGGAGAAGCAGACGAAGAUGGUGUGGACGACGAGUACCAAUUGGAGGAACUGGAAGUCGUGUCGGCAGAUUACAUGCAGAAGGUUGGGAUUUCCAACUUCAGGAACGCAUGGGAAAGCUUGGAUGCUGACCUUGAACGUGUGGAUGAAUAUGGGCUUGGUCCCAGGGAGAGCCUUGCUGAAGCUGUUAAUGCAGUCAUCUCUCUUCUCGGAAUGCAGCCUUGCGAGGGAACCGAGGCGGUCCCAAGCAAUUCAAGGUCGCACACAUGUCUACUGUCCGGUGUGUUCAUAGGCAAUACGAGGGUUCUUGCGAGGUUGCAGUUCGGACUCACUGGUCCAAAGGAAGUCGCGAUGAAAUUGGCCGUGAGAUCCGAUGAUAUCGCUGUCAGCGACGCGAUUCAUGAAAUCGUCGCCAGCGGCUAAGAAUUGGAUAUACAAGGAACUAGAAAGGAGGCUGUAAUAUUUGUGAGUGCAACCGAAGAAAUUAGGACAUAUCAUUCUUUUGUUUCCGCUUUCUCCCCCUGUUUCUUGUAUUCUAAAAUUUUAGAGGUCUUGGGUGAGCCUCGUUAAAGGACUCGUCAUACUGUGUUGUUUUUUUGGUUUGUUAUACGGCAGCGAUGAAUUUUGGGAGUCGAUACAAGCGAGGUUAAAUAUAUAUCAUGGUAGCUGCGGACUACAUUUUUAGCUAAAUGUUACCAUUUGAGAUUCCACCCAUGUUUGGUUGCAAGCGUUCAAUUGCAAACAUUGGUAACAUGUAACAGGGUGUUUGGACGACGAAAUCUGUAAUUCGCAACAUAAAAGAGACAUUCGACUAGGUUUUUUACACAAGUUAGGGUUCCUACUCCCUAUAGAUACAAACUUCCUUUGCAUUUGCAUUACAACAGCAUCGACCUCAAGCAUUCUUCUUCUUCUUCCAUAUCAAUGACUCGAAACAGAGCAGGGUAUAGCUCGGAGCUAAAUACACUAUGUUACAGGAACACAGAUAAACGGCUGAUCGUGCUACUGCACUUGCUCCUGCAAACCCCCCAGGCCAGGGCUCUUUUCUCUCCAUCCAACAUACAAACAGUUUUACUCCAUCCAUGCUAGCCAGGACAAGAUUGUAACAAGUUCGAAGUGCCAAUUAGAGCGAAGAGAAUGGCGAGAGAGAAGAAUGUGUUUGAAUGCCGAUUAGCUCCUCAGACAACCCUCCUGUGCCCACCAAAGGCCCAAAUCUUAAGAUUUGAAUCCCAACUUCCAGUGCAUAGGGCACUUCCAUCACCUGACAUACCCAAACAACUUAUACGACUUUCGUGUGAGGUUUGCAGAGCUCCCAAGUUCAGGACAACCUUUGCAAGAAGAGUAUCCCAUACAUAACAGGAACCAUUUGAAUAGCCUGCAAAGAGAAGCCUUCCUGAUAUAGAGAAUGCAAUGGAGGUCACAUGCGGUUUUUCACUCUCGCCAUUCUGCUGUUGUUCGUACACUUGCAAUUGAUGUCCAGUCCGGAUAUCGAAUAGCCUACAACUUCCAUCAUCCGAACCAGUUCCAAACCUAUUCCCAUCUGGAAAGAACUUGACUGCAUUAACGUCUCCGUUGUGCCCGUAGAAUGUACGCACAGCUCGACUUGCAACACGAGUGUCCCAUAACCGAGCUGUUCCAUCACAAGAACCAGAUACGAACAUCCUCGACGUUGUUCCAUUAAUCGAGAUACUGAAGAAUGUCACGAAUAAUGUUAUUAUCAUCUACAAGACUACAGCAAAUGAAUCAAAGGUCUGUACAUCUGAAGUAGGAGUACCACACAGUUUAAUUGUUAUUGAAAUAACCAACGCCCUACGGUGCAAUGGUAAAGGGAUAUGCAAAAGCACUCUGAGAUUGUUGGUUCUACCCCAGGGAAUGUGGUAUGUGUCGGAAAGAAUAUGUUACUCAAAUGAGUUCCGUAACACUCACAUGUUUGUUGGAUUGAAAUGGAGAUAAAAAUAACCUUGAGUAAAAACUACUAAUCUAGGGAUAUCAAUAGAGCAACAGGUGGAAAAAGCAAGACUAUCAUAAAACAUAAUCACAUAAUGCUUGUUUACUGACCUUAAUACAUCAGCAGUGUGACCAGAUUGAAACUCGCCUCCAAACACAGAAGUCCUGAGACCAGUCGUGGUGUCCCAUAAUACACAUGUCUGAUCACCCGAGCUAGUUAUUAGGUGGGUAUCUUCGUUCGGAACAUACUGACAACAUGAAACAUAACCCUUGUGCCCACUAAGCAUCUUGGACACGGUUAGGUUGCCAUCUUUGUCAGGCGGGGAAUUGAGGUUGAAGAUUGAGCAGACGCUAUCGAGACCACCACAAGCAACUGACUGCCCGGAUGGUGAGAAGGCGCAGGUCAUGACCCAUGCGCAAGGCAGUUUGAUUGCAUGAGUUUUCUGACUCGUUAGGGCAUUCCAUACUAUUAACCUCCCAUCUUGUGAAGCACUCACUAUCCGGUUCUUUUCAGUAGUCCAGUCCAAUGCAUAAACCUUCACAAUAUGCCCCUGAAGUGUCCGGCAGCACACUAGAUCGGUGGGGCCGAAGGUGACCGGAGUUUUCCCCUGAGCUCUAGCGUACCCAGCAACAUCCGUAUCGAGCAAUUGAAGGCGUUUCUGCUUCAACCGUUCCCUGAGAGUAUUGACCGUCUCCGAAGCCGCCACAUGACGCUCCUUCAGCUCAGCAACGGACAUCGUUGCUUUUCCUUCUUCCCCGCGAGAGCAAACAAAAACGGGCCACAACAAUAUGAAGCGGAAAUUCGCAGAGUUUCAAAUGGGAAUUCGAGGAGAACCCAUUAGUUGAAGCUCCUCGCCCAUUCCACAAUUGGAAUUGAAGCUUGAACUCGGAGAAUUUCGGCGUCAGAAAAGGGAAUGCAGAACGGGAAGUCAGCUGAGCUGGGAGAAGGGGUUGCUAUUAAGUUUGGGUUGUUGAGAGGAAAGGACGAUAGUGGGGGGGAAGAAGGAGAAGAGAGCAGUUGGGAAUGGAACGGUCGCCUGGCUAAGUCAGAGCGCAGCAGAGCAGAGAGAGAGAGAAGGGUCAUAAAGUUGACAGAGUGGAGUGGUGAAACC